AGUGAAAGCGCAAAGGAGCAAAAGGAGCAAAGUAAGGCAGAGCUCAUUCAGUGGGAUUGUUGAGCACAGAGCUCCUCGGAUUACUGUGAUAGAAAUCUGUCUGUUUGAUUUCUGGUGCUGCUCUCGCUCAUGCCCUGGACGCACUGAAGGCUUGCAUUUCAGCAGUCGAACAUCUCUGAAGCGGAUGCACAAGACUCGGAGAAGGGAGAAGAAGAGAGACUGAAACUUAUUCUCCAAUAACUCUAAGAUUGAAUACAAAGUGCCAGCAUCAUGCCUAAGCAAGUGGAGGUGAGGAUGCACGAAAGUCACCUGGAGCCCAUCGAGGCCAGGCCCAGGAACAAGUGUAUCAGCUGCUUCUCUUCUCUUUUCAAGAACCUGCUGCUCACGCUCACUGUACUCGGUGUGAUUCUGGGGGCUGUGUCUGGGAUGCUGCUUCGUUAUGCCUCUCCCAUCCACCCAGACAUCGUCAUGGUGAUUGCGUUCCCUGGAGACAUCCUGAUGAGGAUGCUGAAGAUGUUGAUCCUGCCUCUCAUCAUCUCCAGCUUAAUCACAGGUCUGGCUGGGCUAGAUGCCAAGUCUAGCGGUCGCCUGGGCACCAGGGCAAUGGUCUACUACAUGUCCACCACGGUGAUUGCUGCAGUGCUGGGAGUCAUCCUAGUGCUGGUCAUACACCCUGGAAACCCCAAGAUGAAGGAGCAGCUGGGAGAUGGCCAAAAGCAUGAUGAUGUGUCCAGCCUGGAUGCCUUCUUUGACCUCAUCAGGAACCUGUUCCCUGAGAACCUGGUGCAGGCCUGCUUCCAACAGAUCCAAACGGUAACUAAGAAGGUGGAGAAGGUGAUUGAGGAAGACAUCAAUGCCACCACCACCUUGGAGGGCCUCCUGUCCAACGCCACCAAGGAGCCUGAGUUCAUCAUCAAGAAGUCCCUCCAGUUCAAGAGUGGCAUGAACGUGUUAGGAGUGAUUGGCUUCUUCAUUGCCUUCGGCAUCUGCAUGGGGAAGAUGGGAGAGAGGGCCAAGCUCAUGCUGGAGUUCUUCAACAUCCUCAAUGAGAUUGUUAUGAACCUGGUUAUCAUGAUCAUGUGGUACUCUCCCUUCGGUAUCUGCUGCCUGAUCUGUGGUAAGAUCAUCUCCAUUGAUGACCUGGAGGUGGUUGCUAGGCAGCUGGGGAUGUACAUGGUGACCGUGAUUGUGGGCUUGAUCAUCCACGGAGCCAUCUUCCUGCCUGCCAUCUACUUUGCCAUUGUCAGGAAAAACCCCUACACAUUCUUCAUGGGCAUCUUCCAGGCCUGGAUCACUGCCUUGGGGACAGCCUCCAGUGCUGGUACACUGCCUGUCACCUUCCGUUGCCUGGAGGAAAACUUGGGCAUCGAUAAGAGAGUCACCCGUUUCGUGCUCCCAGUCGGCGCUACCAUCAACAUGGACGGAACUGCCCUCUACGAGGCCGUGGCAGCCAUCUUUAUCGCCCAGAUGAACAACAUCUACCUGGAUGCUGGUCAGAUCGUCACUGUCAGUCUGACAGCUACCCUGGCCAGUGUUGGUGCGGCCAGUAUUCCCAGUGCUGGACUGGUGACUAUGCUUCUAAUCCUCACUGCAGUCGGCCUGCCAACUCAGGACAUCAGUCUGCUGGUUGCUGUUGACUGGCUCCUGGACCGGUUCCGUACCUCGGUGAAUGUGGUGGGAGACUCGUAUGGCGCGGGUAUCGUGUACCACCUGUCCAAGGCUGAGCUGGAUGAGCUGGACGCUACACAUGGCAAGUCGGGCGACAUCGAGAUGAUGAACAAGACCUCGUCCUACUAUGAUGACCUCAAGAACCACCACGAAAACAACUCCAACCAGUGCGUCCAGUAUGCCGCUCACAAUUCAGUCGUAGUAGAUGAGUGCAAGGUAACCUUGGCCACUAACGGCUCUACUGCUGCGGCAGCCGUGGCGGAGCGCACACUUGUUGAGGAGGAACCCCGGAAAAGUGAAUAAAGCCAGCACACAGAACCCCAGCUCCACAGGCUUUCUUAUCUGGUGAAAAAAAAUGUGAACAAAAAAAAGAGUCAUGCGAACAGAACUACUAAUUGUUUUUCUUAUGUAUCUUUAUUUUGCAUUUGUAUUAGUCCCUUUACAGUGUUUCUAACCAUCUAUCUGACUGACAGAUGAAUAAUACUAAUUAACUUAUCAGUGAAACGAUAACAGAGGUAUGUUUUACCUGUUAGAACACUAAUGUGUGCAUCAUAGCAAACACUUGAACAACGGACAUCAAGGCUUGGGAGGGAGGGUGGGAAGAGAAAAACAAACGGUUACUUAAAUUAUUCCUAGAAUUCUUUCUAUGAGAGCACUGCAUUCAAAACAGGGGGAGGGAGGGUCAGUGUGUGGGGGAGUAACACUGGAACAACAGUCCUUCAGAGUGUGAUGGUAGCUGUGAGUUUGACACUGGCAAUCUGAAAGUCUAACAACAGACUGAGUGUGGGACAUAAUCAUGCUAAACAUAAGGUAUGCCUGUAUCAAACUGCACAUUAUAUUUUUAGCAGCGUAUCGUUACUAUUAUCAAUGAUACCACAGUAGACAGCUGUUAUUUGACCCCUGGCCCCUUUUACCUCACAAGAUAACCUUUUACCUAUACCUGACAGAGCCCCUGUAACCUAUCGGAGUGUCUUUGCUACCUGCUAUUACCCACAAUCCCAUGGGGGAAGCCCGUUGGUGAUAAUGUAGAAUGUAGAGAUAAGGCAGGGUCUGCAGACUGAGCCUUACUCCACAAGCACAUGUUCUCUGAAAAGCACAAAAUACAAAAGAAACAUGGAACCUCUACUCCCUUUUUAAUUGUUAUACAUUUGGUUGACUACUGUAAGGGAGAGGGACUUUUUCAAUGUCGCCUCUAGUGUGAGAUUAUUUACUGUAUGAUUUGUGUGAUUUGUGUGAUUUGUGUGUGUGUGUGUGUGUGUGUGUGUGUGUGUGUGUGUGUGUGUGUGUGUGUGUGUGUGUGUGUGUGUGUGUGUGUGUGUGUGUGUGUGGGAUGGGAGUGAGAACAUGACAUAUCUCCCCAUUACUGAUAAGGACCAAACAGGCAUAUGAUAAAUCAAGCCAGAAGCCUUCGAAACGCCUCCAUGACACUUACAGUCAUUGAUAUCGUCUUUUGGGGUUUCUUACUCUGCACACAAUCCAUUUGUAGCUAACUCCAGGUAGAAAGUGUCUCAUCACUCAUUUAAACUUCCAAAUUAGCUAUUAAGAAAUUGAUAAAGCUCUCUGCCCCGCAAUUACUGCAACACAUGAAAAUCAAAAGUAAAGGUCAAAUUUGUCUCCAAAUACAAAUAUAUCAAUAUCUUCAGUUCAGGACUGUAUUUCAUAUCAAUUAGUUCAAAGUACUAGGAAGUAUUUAUUAUACCCAUCCCAGAUAUUCUGAAUUUCAUGAUGUUGAGAACCAAGAGUUAAUUGGGAAGUACCUAGAAAUAUAUCUAGAACCAUGAUUAGUACGAAAAUAUAAAGCACAAAUUAAGUUGUUUUAAAACAGAAUACAAAAACAGAAUAUAAAUUGAAUACUGAGUCCAUAUAGCACAAUUGCAGCUUAGAGUAUAAACUAGUUAUGUAUGAUUUUUUUAAAUCCCUUUUUGACACUGAUCUCUUUUCACAUUCAUCAUUCAUACUUUGAGGAACCCAAUAAGGGAAACUAUACUCAGGCUUUAGCACAAACUCCUUGGAUUUGAAAGAGACACUUUCACAAAAUCCUCAACACGUUUAGCUGCUCAUGAAAUAAAAUAGGCCAUUGACAAUUGCCUUGUAUAGCACAAGUUGGAUAUGAAUGCUUGACUUUGAACACAUGGACUGUUUACCACCUUGAUAUUUUUUAAAGAGAUGUUUUGUAUACUUGAACCUAUAUGACAGAGAUAAAGUUUCCCUUUACAACUAUUCAUGAGUAAGCUACUUUUAUUAAGGGAUUCUUGAUAGGAACAGCACACAAAAACUUUUCCAACAUUAACAUUCCAGUGACUCAAACUUUCUUGGGUUCCCUUUUUGCAUGAAAGCACAAACACAUAUUUGAUCAAAGAUGGUACAGAACAACCACAGAGCUUAAAUUAAAGUGCAAGUUUCAACAGGUUGAUAACUCCCUGCACAACUAGUGUCCAGGUGGAGGUAUUACAUCCUUACUAUUUUUUUCCAGACCCUUAGAGGGGUCUUCUUAGUGAUUAAACAACUCUAACCUCUUACCACAGAUGCUGACGACUGUUCUCAGAAACCCUGAAUGCUGCAGCUAUGUGUAUCAUUGGUCUCAUAUGGUUACUACUGUAGAGCAGUCAUCUGGAUGCAUGGAAUGUUCACUGCAGACUUCCCAACUAUUAGGUAGGAGAAUUCUAUCCCCCUAAUGGAACCUAAAUGUCUGAAAAGAGAAACACACACAAAGUUAGAUCACCGGCUGCUAAUAUUUAAUGCGCGUAUGUGAUUGUAUGAGAGAUGUUUUGUGCAGGUGAGGCGUUCUGCAGGUGUGGAUGUCAUUUCUUUAUCCGUGUCGUGUCCUGCUCUCUUGUCUUGUUUUGAUCAUUUUGCUCAAUGACAACCUUGCCUUGAAGAUGUUAACUCUAAACUGUGCAGUCAGUUUGACCGUCAGGACAAUGCUGAUUAAAGUAACAGUAGAAAAAUGAACACUCACAUUCAUAGUGCAGUACACAGUCCCUUAGUUACCUUAAACACUUUCUCAGUCAGAAGAUCUACUCCAUGUUGCUUUUGAGCUUGUAUAACUGCCAUCACACACAGACACACAGAUGCAAAUACACACACAUGCAUGCACACUUGCACACACACACACACACACACACACACACACACACACACACACACACACACACACACACACACACACACACACACACACACACACACACACACACACACACACACACACA